AUGGCUCAACAGCACAAUCUCGAUCCGAUUCCCCUCGAUGAUACUGCCAUGCAGAACGAAAUCAUUCUUAGAAUCUUCGAGCGGCAAGCGGGCCCUACCAGUACGGGCGUCGGUGAAAACUUGGCCCUUUGCCUGCACAGAACAUCGAAGGCUUGGCAGGCAAGGCUGAACCUACUGCAGGAUAGAGGGGAUGCAGUGUGGCUUUUGCUAGAAAGAACAACGGUUGAUUUUAUGGCCACAAUCGUCGAUUCCCUCGAAGGUGCCCAUACUCUACGGACGCUUCUACAGAUUGUAUUGGCAUUCCUCCAAACAGACCCUCUUGACGAAAAGAAUCUCCGACUAGCAUCCACCACGCUUCUUGAGCUAUGUAUUCGCUUAUGGUUAAUGUCCAAUAUCGCUAUCCCACCGACCGCGAAUUCCGCGUGGCAGCAAUGCAGUGAUCGCCGAGUAUGGGUGGAUGUCUCUCAGACGCUCCGACAGCACAUGGAGAUCUGUUUUCCGAGAAGUACAACUAUCUACGACAAGGUCAAGCUGGAUAAAGCCUUUCGUCUAUACGACAUACAAAAGAUCUCAAAUUUCGAAAUCGAAUGGACCGACAACCUACUUGAGCACCUUCUUGUCCGCGACCCGGCAGAUGAUAAAGACCCAUACACAGUUUCCAUCUUCCACCACAGACAAUUUCUGGAAUACCAUGCAGCGAGGCCGUCAACUAUAUAUCCACAAGGUUUCAUCAUCGAGACCCUCAAGACUCUUGACCUUCUGCUCCCGCAUGACCACAGGCGCACGGAGGUGUGGUACGCAACGCUCUGUGAGACAUUCGAGUUGGAUCCGACCGCGUGCAAGAACCGUCGGCCGAUGCAACGUGAAGACCGGGGUCUCAAUAGCUUCAGUUUCUGGAGGGACCGCCUGGCCAUCUUGAAAGAAACAUUAGAUGAGCUAGAACCAAGAACUGUGUUCCACUUCUGGCUCGAUAGGCGCCGACCAAUCCAGUGGGCGACCUUCUGGGUUGCUGUGUUGGUCCUGGGGUUGACGGUCUUCUUUGGGCUUGUGCAAUCUGUCGAGGGGGCCCUUCAAGUGUACAAAGCGUACCAUCCGGCAACAGACUAG